UGACAAAGUUUGAAGUUUGUAGAUUUUAUUUUUGUGGCGCAGACUAGGCUUGUAAACGCAAGAAGCUCGGAUGAUGAAAAUCAAACCCCAAUGAAUCCCCAAUCCUUUGAUUUCUGGGCAGUAAGGUAGCAAAACAAUGCAAAGUAGAAUCAGUUCCUUCUUCAAAUCCUCUUCUUCAUCUCCUGCUCCAAAUCCCAUCGUCGAGGAUGGCGGCAGCUCCGACGAUGAUGAGCUGACGCUUUGGAAGAGGACUGAACACACGUUUCUCAAUACUUACAAGCGUAGAUCUACAAAGUCUGAUAGAUCAAACUAUCGCAACUUGCCCACGGAGUCCAAUUUGGAAGAAUUUUGUUCAAAACCAGAGGACAUGGUCCCUGCAAGAACAUUGAACAAGAGGAGAAGUUAUGUACAGUUCCAUUUAGAGUUGGGUCAAUCUGAUUUCCUUCUUCACACAUGUACUGCGUGCGGGAUCAAAUAUGCUCCUGGAGAUGAAGAUGAUGAGAAGACCCACAAAACAUUUCACAACAAUUACACCCACGGUAUUCCAUUCAAGGGUUGGCGCAAUGGAAGGACUGUUCAUAUGCCUUGCAUUGAAGGAGGGCGCAUUGUCUUGGUGCUAGAUUGUGACCCUCUUGCGCAGAGGAAUAAGGUUCAAGAGGUGGUAAAGAUGAUGGAAAUUGAGCUUGGUGGGGGUUGGAUUCUGCAUAAACUGUGUAAGGCAUAUCUGUAUAUUUCUUCCCAUAGGGUUGCUGGUUGUGUGGUUGCAGAGCCCAUAAAAGAAGCAUUUCAAAUCCUCUCAAGUUCAGUGGACGUAAGUUCUAAUGGUGGUAUCCCAAAGAAAACAAGGUUAAAUUCAACUACCCUCCAAUUUGGUGGGGUCAUUUUACAGAGAGAAGCCAUUAAAAGAGCCCCUGCAAGUAUUUGUCUUGAGAUGGGUGGAAAUCACACUGGGGUCAUUGCCUGUAAAAAGGAACCCAAAGCUGCCGUGUGUGGCAUUAGAGCUAUUUGGGUUACACCAUCCAACAGAAGAAAGCACAUUGCCACCCAGUUACUAGAUGCUGUGAGGAGAAGCUUUUGCACGGGUUUUGUUAUUGAACAAUCAAAGUUGGCAUUCUCCCAGCCAACCUGGGCUGGAAAGGCAUUGGCAUCUAGUUAUACAUGCAACGGAUCGUUUCUGGUGUACAAAACCAACAAUUUGAACUCCUAGGUAUCCUCUCCCUUCAUACACGCCAGUUUUGAUUGUAUGAUUGUAUUAACGAUGAGUAGACUAUGUUAUUUUCAUUCCAUUAGGCAUGCUAUAAUUGAUUGAAUUAUUCAUACCGAACUUGAGCAUAUUUGCCUAUGAAGUUCGAUGUCUCCGUACGAUAUUCAGUAUUGAUUAAAAGCCCUGAAGUUUUACCCAUUUCAUUGGGUAUGUAAUGCAUGCCAUG